GUCAGUUUGUCUUCAGCACCAUCCGCGCUGCGUUUCUGCGGCUCCCCGGGGGAAGAAAGAAGAGGAGAUGUUGUUUAUAAAAGUAAGGCAGAACUUCUUUACGUGUCCUUCAGUAUUUUAAUGAGCAGUAAAAGCAGGGAGUCAACGCUGCUUCUGUUUGCGCCGGAGAUUUUUUUUUGUUUUUGUUUUUUUUUUUUAAAUCAGCGGUUGCUUUGCUGGACUUUCUGCAUCCUGCCGGUUGAAAACGUUAAAACCCAACGAUGCGCUCGGAAAAGGCAGAUGGGGCUUAAAUUGAAGAUAUCAGAGAAGACAUCAAGUUGGAGAGGAUCAAAUAAUUACACGAAAAGGUCACUAACAGAAGGCGUAUGUUGGCUCUUGCCGUAGUUUUCCUGCCACUACCAUGAGCUGGAGCUUCCUGACGCGCUUGCUGGAGGAAAUUCACAAUCACUCCACGUUUGUGGGCAAGAUCUGGCUCACCGUCCUCCUCGUCUUCCGCAUCGUCUUGACAGCCGUGGGAGGCGAGUCGAUCUACUACGAUGAGCAGAGCAAGUUUGUCUGCAACUCAGGCCAGCCGGGCUGCGAGAACGUUUGCUACGACGCUUUCGCUCCUCUGUCCCACGUUCGCUUCUGGGUUUUCCAAACCAUCCUGGUGGCUGCACCGUCCCUCAUGUAUCUUGGCUACGCUGUGAACAAAAUUGCUCGGGCAGAAGAGCAGGCAGACACGGGGAGAGUGAGGAGAUUUCCACGAAACAAACUCAAGAAGCGCUACCUGGGAAGCAGAAAGCAGCACAGGGGCGUGGAAGAGGCUGAGGAUGACGACGAGGAAGACCCAAUGAUCUACGAAGUGACGGAGGCGGAGGAUGAUGGGAGUCUAGCUGUGAAGGGAGACGGUAAUGAGAGACAAGUGAAAGAUAAGGUUCGCCAUGAUGGUCGUCAGCGGAUAAAAGAAGAUGGGUUGAUGCGCAUUUAUGUCUUCCAGCUGUUGGCGCGUUCCAUCCUGGAGGUGGGCUUCCUCUGUGGACAGUAUGUGCUGUACGGAUUUGCUGUGCCUUCCAGAUACGUUUGCUCCGACCUGCCCUGUCCGCACAGCGUGGACUGCUUCGUGUCGCGGCCCACGGAGAAAACCAUCUUCCUCCUCAUCAUGUACGCCGUCUCUAUGCUCUGCCUGGUGCUCAAUUUAUGGGAGAUGCUUCACCUGGGCAUUGGCACCAUCUGUGAAAUAGCCCGUUCCCGCCAACUGCAGCUGCGUGACGACAAGCUGUACGGACUCACAAAGAGGAAUAAAGCAGUGAAUGAGGCGGGGUUGUGCGACGACCACAGCAGCUCCCCUUUCACCUGGAAAGAACCGUCAGCCCCUCCAGGAUACAACAUUGCCGUCAAACCUCUUCUGGUGUCUAAGGGGAACCACAUCCCACCUCUUCCUAUCACCGAUCUCACCCACUCCAAGAUCGCGUGCCAACAGAACCACGUGAACAUCGCCCAGGAGGAGCGUCAGCAGUACGUCAACAACGACGAGAACCUGUGCAGGGCUGGCAGGGGCGACGGUCCCAGAAGUACCCAAAAAGACGUGGGCCAGGCGCAGAAGAAGCUGAAUGCGAACAACAAGACCUACAGCCAGCUGCAGGGCCACAGUAACAACAACAGCAAACCCAACCAUGAACGUAAACACCGGCAGAUGUCCCGGCACGCCGCUGGAAAGGCCGAGACCAACAGGGGCAGCAGCGGCACAAGCAGCAGCGGCAAAUAUGGAGUGAUAAAGAGUUCUGAGUGGAUCUGAAAUAAAGAAACACAGUUCAGAUACAGAACUUAGGUUAUAACUGAUGCAGCUAGACCACAGAGAUUGGCUCAAAUGAACCAUUCAAUAAAAGUCUCACUUACAUAUAUGUACUUCUGAAUACAAUCUCUAACAGUGUCAAUCCCGGUUAAAACAUUUGCUUAUCUAAGUAACUUUUGGGUAAAAACAAGGCUCUUCAGGGACAAAUAAAAUAUUCAAGGGCUCAUUUCAGUUAGUAUUAGCGACUCCUCUACAAUAUUUGUUAUUAUUUAAUUGUUUUACAUUUGACACUAAGCAGUUAUAGAAGAGAUUAGCUAAACCCGACUACAUAACUUUAAGCAUCUAUAUGCAAAAACGUGUUGAAAAUACUAAGACAGGUACAUUUCUCUGAGUUAACUCUUAAGAAAUACAGAGUAGAUACUUGUAUCCUGGUAUUUUUUGUGUUUUUUCUUGUUUUUAUUUGAUGUUAAAAAUGUCAGUUGUGUCUGGCAGUAGAGGCCUCUGUUUUAAGUGCCUUCAUUGAAGAGCCAAAGAACUGCUUAACAUGUUUUUAUAUAAUCUGUUCUCACUAAAUUGGACAUGACCAGCUCUCUAUGUACAAAUACUUCUAAUUUCUAACCAAUAUUGUUGUUUCUGAGUAUGCAAAACAGUUUGUUUUUCUGCUGAGCCAACUUUUCGUUGAUUGUUCUCGUAACCAGUUUAGAGAUAACAUUUUACAACCUUUUUGUCUUUAUUAUUCUGAGACUGAGAGAAUCCUCAUUUAUGUUUUGAGAUUUUUCUAUUUGAUCACCAGACGUUUACAUUUAAGUAUUUUUUUUAAUACUGUGGUUCUGUGCAACUUAUUCCUACAUUAGUUCAACGGUUAAUGCAGCGCCCCAAAUUCAUGUUUUACCUGGCCUUAGGUAAGACAUAUAGAGUUGAUUGAUUUUCUAACUGAAAGGGUUUGGUUUUGUUCAAAGAUAUUUUUUUACUGUCAAAUAACAGCAUGUUUUCAAUAAAAAGUCUCUAUUUUC